AUGAAUUUUGACGACAAUCCAGAGUUUUUUAAAUCAUAUUCAACGAUUAUGGUUUAUAUCGGGCUGACUGCGCUAUUGAUGUUCAUUCAACUAUUUAUAAAAAAGGAUAAAAUAAAAGAGUUUGUAUUCAAAAUGGAAAAAGAAUGGCGGCGCGAUGAAGAUUUGUCACCAAAACUAACUAGUAUAAAGCGGAAAAUGGUUAAACAAACCGAUCGUUACAUUCGAAUUUCCUGUUUAUCAAUAUCCAUUGUUUGCAGUAUAUAUUUACUGAACCCACUGCUUAUGGUCUUGGUAAACAAGUUUAUUCUUCAUAGGAACGUGUCUAAUACCGUUGCAUUAGGAUUAGCCACCCCAUUUAACUAUGAAGAUAACUUUCUCAGUUAUAUUUUGCUGGUUAUUGUUGAGUACCGAUUGGCCAUGAUAGUAGCCUACGAGUUGCAGUGUAGUCAAUACUUCAUAACAAUAUCUAUGGACCAUUUAAGAGUCUUGUUCAUUCUAAUACAAGAGGAAUUUAAGGAAGUCAUUUUUUUGUCGGAUGAUGUAAAUAAAGAGAAGAGAUUCAAAGAGACAAUACAACGACAUACUAAGUUAUUGGAAUUGCUUUGGGAUUUGAACGGAACAUUUGGUUGUCUAUUCGCAAUAAAUUAUAUUUUCCUAUCAUCUACAAUUUGUUUUUGUGUUAUAUCAGCAUGCACGGAUGGUAGUUUGGAGGAUUUAAAAACACUAUGUAUUUCCAUUCUUGUUAUCGUCAACGUGUUUUACUGCUGCAGAGGUGGUGAAUAUUUAAUUAAUACGGCUUCAGAAGUUUCUACCGCCAUAUAUGAUACACCGUGGUAUGAAUUACCGAACAAGUACAGGAAAGAUCUAAUAUUUAUAAUGUUAAGAUCUCAACGUGUAGCAUACGUGACCUCUACGAGUUAUAUAAAGAUAUCAUUGAAGACAUUUAUACGGAUUAUGAACAUGACCUGGUCAUUCAUUUCCCUCAUAACUACAGUUUACGACACAAAAUAA